CGCUAUUAUUUGACAAAUUAAGACACUGAGGCCCCUGACAAGUCAAGUGGUUUGCACACGCUGUCCGGCGGGGUCCCAAUCGUGGAGUUUCUUGAGCACAGAGAGCUCCAAGAUGCAGGCAGGAAAGCCGGUCCUCUAUUCUUAUUUCCGAAGCUCUUGUUCCUGGAGAGUUCGAAUAGCUCUGGCUCUCAAGAAGAUUGACUAUGACACCUUUCCUGUUCACCUCAUAAAGGAUGGAGGGCAGCAGUUUAGUGAGGAAUUCCAGACACUGAACCCAAUGAGUCAAGUACCAGCCCUGAAGAUUGAUGGCGUUACCCUUACCCAAUCACUGGCCAUCAUCGAGUAUCUGGAAGAGACACGACCGACACCCGUCAGGCUCCUGCCACAGGACCCCAAGAAAAGAGCCAGCGUUCGCAUGAUCUCAGAUCUCAUUGCUAGUGGAAUUCAGCCCCUGCAGAACAUAGCCGUCCUAAAGAAGGUGGGCCAAGAGACCCAGCUGACAUGGGCACAAUCAGUCAUCGGCUCUGGCUUCAGAGCCCUCGAGCAAGUCCUGCAGAGCACAGCAGGGAAGUACUGCGUGGGAAAUGAGAUCUCCAUGGCUGACUUAUGCCUGGUGCCUCAGGUGGCUAAUGCUGAGAGGUUUAAGGUGGACCUCUCCCCAUACCCCAUUAUCAACCGCAUCAACAAGACCUUGCUCACCAUGGAGGCUUUCCAAGUGAGCCACCCUUCCCGGCAGCCUGACACCCCUCCAGAACUUCGGGCCUAAAUCCUGACAUUUCCACCUUAAGGACAACGAGAGUGUGAGCUGCACGGUGUUAAUGCCACCAAGAUAAAUAAAUCGUAUUUUGUGAAAUGAGCCCUGGCUUGGAAGCUGAGAGGCCUAGGUUGGAAUUCUAGCUUUGCCAACCACAGAAUUCUUCUGGAUCUCGGUUUCCUCUUCUGUCAACUGUGAAGAUCAAUAAUACCUGUUCUAUUUUCACAGGGUUAUGGGGAUUGGGGUCAAUGCAAUCAUUUAGGUAAAAUGCUUGGAAGAUGAUGAAGUGCUGAAUAAAUAAAUGACAUGAAGUACUGCC